CCAUCCUCCUCUGCACGGCGCGACACUCAUGACUGCAGCAUGAACGAUGUUUAGUCGGGACGACCUCGUCACCACACUCACCACGUCGCUCAUUCAAGGAACGCCAGCCCCAUCCUCUCAAAGCUCCAUCCAUCGUCGAUUCGGCUCCUUUCAGCAAGCCACGGAACCCGUGAACCAUGGGUAUCGUCCGUCGCGGGUGAGCGCGAGCGAGAAGAGCAUCAUGUUCUCCCUAGGUGGCAACGUCGGGUCAACAGGGAAGGGAAUCCUCAUCGGGAUUCUCUCAGCGCUGGGAUCCGCCGGAAUCGCCAUCAUCGUUCUCUCUCUUGUUUUCUUUCUCAGGUAUACACAUCGUGGCCGCAUCAUACUGGACCGCCUCGGACGGCCCGGUGAAUACGACGAUGAACAGGCCUUUGCGAGGGAGGAGGCCGAGGCCCUUGAGUCCAUGGAUGAGCUGCAGCAGGCAGAGUAUAUGAGAGCUAAAGCGUUCAUCCAAGCAAACCCUCCCGAAUCCGCGCAGACCGAUAUCUCGCUAUCUCAGUUUCUAGCGAUCCAAGAAAAAGGUGUUUCCGCAUGGGAGUUUGAACCAGAGCUGGAGAUCGCAAAUUGUUUUGUUGAAGCGCGAACCGAGAUUGAAUUUUUCGAUUCUGAGUGCAGUGUCCAAAGCAACUUGCCCGUGCCCAAACAGAACGAAGUCUACUACUGGGAGGCUAAAAUAUACGACAAACCUGAAACGAGCCUUAUCAGUAUAGGCAUGACCACAAAGCCCUAUCCAUUAUUCAGAUUACCUGGAUUCCAUAAAACCUCUAUCUCCUAUCAGUCCACAGGCCAUCGCCGCCAUAAUCAACCAUUCACUCCUACACUCUACGGACCUGAAUUUGUACAAGGUGAUGUCGUUGGUGUCGGUUAUCGUCCACGAAGCGGAACCAUCUUCUUCACCCGUAACGGAAAGAAGCUCGAAGACGUGGCUCACGGCCUCAAAUCUCAAAAUUUCUUCCCAACGGUCGGCGCCAAUGGACCGUGCACAGUCCAUGUGAAUUUUGGCCAGCUGGGCUUUGUUUUCAUCGAAGCCAACGUGAAGAAAUGGGGCCUGGCUCCUAUGACCGGAAGCUUGGCUCCUCCUCCUCCAUAUGGGAGUGAACAAGGCAGUAUUUUGCUUGAGACGGGCCGUGAGAACUCACAGACGCCCCAAUGGUGGGGAUCUGCUCAUUCGCGAACUCGAAGUGGCACGAUCAGGCUUGGUCAAGGCGGUCCUGUCCGGUCUCCAACAGAUAUUUCUCUCGCCCCGCUCCCACAUAUAUCUCCACCACAUGACGUCGGUGAAGGAACGUCGAACUCUGCUCAAGCCGGAGAAAAUGACAGCGACGUUGAUGCCGCCAUCCUAGAUCAACCACCACCCGAAUAUUCAAGCCCAGCCACAAGUCCCCCAAACGGCCAGAGUGGCGAUGCGAGAAUCGACAUUCAUCCAGACCCUAAUGACCCUCCUAUACCUUCCUAUGAUGCGGCUGUAUUGCAGCAACAACAGCAAGUAUAGCGCUUUCAGUUGAUAUCCUUUUCUUCGAUUGUUACAUCAAGCGCCUUGACAUCUACUAGACAUCGAUCGCCACCCAUUGCGUCCUACCUACCCUACCUUUCCCUAUUUGAUUAUCCGUGUUUUAGCGAUCAUGCUGUGUGGUGGCGUUUAAUGGUUCCCUAGGACUACGAGGAGGUAAUAGCAGCCUUCGAGCUGAUCUCUUAGUUUCUUUUUAUCUUUGUCCGUUUUCCCCUGUUGGCGUUCUACCUCGAAUGAAGUUAUGACCCUUUUUAUAAAUCCCAGUAUCCAACCUGUGAGAAAAUGCAAAUGCAGAAUCUUGUAUUACUCAAGUUUGCCACUCCACUGGGCUCUUUUGCCUUGUUUGAUAAAUAUCCUAUUAUUGACUCUAGCGUUGCACGUGUGUGCGGGGGUUUGUUCUAUGGUCUGUGGACAUGGGAUGCUAUGGUGGACUGCUUUAUAGUUGACAACGAUUGUUUUUGUACAGAUUGUUCGUGAUAACCUGUUGGGCAUACUGGCGAUAGCCAUCUAAGUACAUACCUCCA